AUGGUCCAGAAGAAAAGGCCUAAGGACAAUAAGGAAGAGAAGAACAAUAAGGAAGAGAAGGUCCAGACGAAAAGGUCUAAGGACAAUAAGGAAGAAAAGGACCAUAAGGAAAGGUCUAAAGACAAUAAGGAAGAGAAGGUCCAUAAGGAAAGGUCUAAGGACAAUAAGGAAGAGAAGGUCCAUAAGGAAAGGUCUAAAUACAAUAAGGAAGAGAAGGUCCAUAAGGAAAGGUCUAAGGACAAUAAGGAAGAGAAGGUUCAUAAGAAAAGGUCUAAGGACAAUAAGGAAGAGAUGGUCCAGAAGAAAAGGCCUAAGGACAAUAAGGAAGAGAAGGUCCAUAGGAAAAGGUCUAAGGACAAUAAGGAAGAGAAGGCCCAUAAGGAAAGGUCUAAGGACAAUAAGGAAGAGAUGGUCCAGAAGAAAAGGCCUAAGGACAAUAAGGAAGAGAAGGUCCAUAGGAAAAGGUCUAAGAACGAUAAGGAAGAGAAGGUCCAGAAGAAAAGGUCUACGGACAAUAACGAAGAAAAGGACCAUAAGGAAAGGUCUAAGGACAAUAAGAAAGAGAAGGUCAAUAAGAAAAGGUCUAAGGACAAUAAGGAAGAGAAGGUCCAUAAGAAAAGGUCUAAGGACAAUAAGGAAGAGAAGGUCCAGAAGAAAAGGCCUAAGGACAAUAAGGAAGAGAAGGUCCAGGAGUAA